CGCCGCUACGGACUGAUGAAAAUGGCCAGGCUGUCAGGGAAACCAAACUACGAAGGGAAACUAAAUCGGCACCGUCGCUGAGUUUCCAAGGCCAGGCUGCAAGCGGUACAACCAUGGCAAGUGUCUCGCGCUGCCACAGGACAAGCUGCCAAAUCUGAGAAAACAAUUGUGGUCUCUGGUAUUCCAGAUGGCAUUGUGAAAGAUGAUGUCAUGGCUGACAUAUUGAUGAUUCAUUUCCAAAAGCCGAAGAAUAGGGGUGGAGACGUGAAGGAUGUAGUUUAUCCAACAACAAUAAAAGGAAUUGCAUACGUAAUCUUUGAAGAUCGAGAAGUUACAGAGAAUGUUCUCCAGAAAGAUGAACACAGACUAGAGGACAAGAGGCUGGGCAGGUAUUAUCCUCUGAAAAUAUCUCUCUGUAGUGAACAUGUUUUCACCUGUGUCUCGUCUGUUCUUGAUUUGUCCAUUUUUGGAGAUAAAUACAUUUUGGAAGAUCUGGUGCAGGAGCUUCAGAAGACUAUCCCAGCCUUGACCUUCAGUCCUUUGCAAUCCAAUGGGCAAAUUUCUGUUCAAGGGUCAUUCCCAGCAAUCAAGUCACUAAAAGAAAAUUUGUUAUUAAAAGUAAAUUCCCUUUCCAGGAAGGGCAAGAGGGGAGAGAGAAAGCCGGAUCAAAGACCUAACAGCAGGACCGAGAAGCAUGGACAAUUUGUGGAGCCAAAUAAUACUUUUGUCAAUAAUGUAAACAGGGAAGAACAAGUGGUUGUCCUUGACACAGAUAUAUACUGCUACAUGAAGCAUUUUUUAUACAAGGAAAGUCUGACAAAAUACAAUGUUGUAAGUCGUGGAGUCACAGAUGGUGAGAUCACCACAAUAUAUCUAGAAAAUGCCAGAGCAAGUUCUGGUUCUAGAGAAUUAGAAAAAGCCAAAGAGGAAAUUGAAGAUUUGUCUGCAAAACUUCAUUGCAGAUUACGUAAAGAAAGAUUCUCUCUUGAUGGCAACAGCAGAUCUGAAAGGCUGAAAUAUAAACAAGCAUUUGAGAGCAUAAAAUCCCGAUUCCCCAAAGUUCUGGUUAUUCCUUAUGAUACUCACAUUGAUGUGAUAGGAAGUUCCUCUGAGACAUAUGAGUUUACCCAAGAAGUGGUUAGAACAGUAAAAAGCCACUUCCAAAAGAGAUUCAGGAGGUAGGAGUUAUUUAGGUGCUGUAGGUGAUGCCUGCGAGCUAGGACUUCCUGAGAGUGACAUCUGGUACACCAAAGUACAGUCUCCCAAGGGAGUUGGUAGGAGCCCUGUUGCUGGGGACUUUUUAUAAAGGAGGUUUUGCACUUCUAUGACUUCCAGCGGAGGAUUUCAAAGCACUUUGCAAACUUCAAUUAAUUAGGGCCCAAUCUUGCUCCCAUUAGAGUUUUGCCAUUGACUCCACAUAGCACCCUAAUAGUAUUAGGAGCGUCAUUUUACAUGUUGUGGCUCCUCUAUCAUUAAAAGAAAAUGCAGACCCUUCUACAUCACUGCUGAUACAGUCCUACAAUAUGUGCACAAGCACUUCUCACAGUACAGGAAGCAUGGACACCAAGACAAAAGUCCCAAAUACUGAUUUAAAUUUCAGACAAGUAGCAAAUGACCUGUUCAUGCAUCUGGUGAAAUUAAAGUGCGUAGAAGUUUAGUUUUCACAGUGAAUGGACCAUUCCUGUUUUUUGGUCUCUACUCAAAAUAAACGAGUGCCUCUUGUGGCUAUAUUAACAUACGCUCUUUUUAUGCAUGUUUUUGUUUAAUAGGUCACUUAGUUUUACAUGUAAAACAUGUUUUGAUAAACUUUUUUUAUUCUA